CACGUGCGAAGAUGAUUGUGCUGGAACACAAUAGAAAGUCGACAAUCAACAGUCACUUCGAAUCAGCAAAGCAUAUGAGGAUGUCAGAACAGUUUCCACAGCAGCGGCAGAUCACCAUGACUGAAGUGGUAGCAGGGAAGACCGUGGCAAGCGCUGAAAGAAUCAUGAUUUGUGAAGAUUGGGUACGCACUUGCACAGCAGUCAACAUGCCCCUUUCCAAAAGUGAUCACCACUCAAUGAGGCAGUUUCUGAAGGAGAAAGUCAUCAAUGGAAGUGCCAUCCCUGGAUACCACCAGCUACAGGAAAAGUACUUGGGAGAUGUCUACCUGAAGGUGAAGGAAGAACUCAAGCAACAUCUUGCAGGGAAGCCAGUGGCAGUCAUCUUUGAUGAAACUCCAGAUGUUGAAGUAAGAUGUGUACUUAACAUCCUUAUCACACCACUUGAAAAGGAUACCUCUGGGAGAAGUCUUGCCUACCUCGCAGAGACAGUGUUUCUGGAGCAAUGCAACCAUUAAACAGUUUCCAUGGCGGUGGUGAAAUGUCUACAAGACUACAAUAUCUCUAAUGAUGACGAAUUCAUUGUCUUUGACACAGACAAUGCUGCGUACAUGAAAGCCUACAAAGCUGCACUUCAGUCAUUGUUCCCCAACUCUCUACACAUAACAUGCAUGGCUCACAUCAUGAAUCUGAUAGGGAGUGCUUUCCACUAACCUUUUGAUCAGCUGAACGCAUUCAUGCUAAGUUUUUCGCAGAUGUUUUACCAGGCAGGGGCACGCAAAAGAAGAUACCUUACCUUCCUCACCACCAAACUGGCAGGACGGAAGAGAGCAACCAUGGCUCCCAAUCCAUGUGCAACAUGCUGGAACUCAUGGUUCUCAGCAGUGCAGUACCAAUCAGAGCAGUUUCACCUCUACAAGGGGUUCAUAUAGAUGGAAAUACAGGUAUGACUUAAAUCUACAUACAGUUGAAGUCGGAAGUUUACAUAUGUAACAGUGUAGCUUCCGUCCCUCUCCUCGCCCCUUCCUGGGCUCGAACCAGGGACCUCUGCACACAUCGACAACAGCCACCUUCGAAACAUCGUUACCCAUCGCUCCACAAAAGCCACAGCUCUUGCAGAGCAAGGGGAACAACUACUUCAAGGUCUCAGAGCGAAUGACGCCACCGAUUGAAACGCUAUUAGCGUGCACCCUACUAACUAGCAAGCCAUUCCACAUUGGUUACACAUACACCUUAGCCAAAUUCAUUUAUACUCCGUUUUUCACAAUUCCUGACAUUUAAUCCUAGUAAAAAUUCCCUGUCUUAGGUCAGUUAGGCCUCCUUGCUCGCACACACUUUUUCAGUUCUGCCCACAAAUUUUCUAUAGGAUUGAGGUCAGGGCUUUGUGAUGGCCACUCCAAUACCUU